CCGCGCGGGUGCGUCAGCUGACUUCGAGGAGAAGGCCGCCGCCGCCGGGCCUGUGCUGCUGCCGUGGUCCUUGUCAACGCCGCCCGCGCCACCGCCGCCAUGGCCCAGUACAAGGGGGCAGCGAGCGAGGCGGGCCGCGCCAUGCACCUCAUGAAGAAGAGGGAGAAGCAGCGCGAGCAGAUGGAGCAGAUGAAACAGCGCAUCGCAGAGGAGAACAUCAUGAAGGCCAACAUCGACAAGAAGUUCUCAGCACACUACGAUGCUGUGGAGGCCGAGCUCAAGUCCAGCACUGUGGGCCUCGUCACCCUCAAUGACAUGAAGGCCAAGCAGGAAGCGCUGGUAAAGGAGCGGGAGAAGCAGCUGGCCAAGAAGGAGCAGUCGAAGGAGCUGCAGCUGAAACUGGAAAAGCUGCGAGAGAAGGAGCGGAAGAAGGAGGCCAAAAGGAAGAUCUCCAGCCUCUCCUUCACUCUGGAGGAUGAGGAGGAAGCCGGAGAGGAGGACGAGGAUGGGGUGGCCCUGUAUGAUGAGGAACUAGAAAGAGAGGUGCCUACCAAGAAAAGGAAGCUGGGGAAGAACCCGGAUGUGGAUACAAGCUUCUUGCCUGACCGAGACCGUGAGGAGGAGGAGAACCGGCUCCGGGAAGAGCUGCGGCAGGAGUGGGAAGCCAAACAGGAGAAGAUCAAGAGUGAGGAGAUUGAAAUCACCUUCAGUUACUGGGACGGCUCCGGCCACCGGCGCACGGUUAAGAUGAAGAAGGGGAACACGAUGCAGCAGUUCCUGCAGAAAGCUCUGGAAAUCCUGCGCAAGGACUUCAGUGAGCUCAGGUCUGCGGGGGUGGAGCAGCUCAUGUACAUCAAAGAGGAUCUCAUCAUCCCUCACCACCACAGCUUCUAUGACUUCAUUGUCACCAAGGCACGAGGGAAGAGCGGGCCGCUCUUUAAUUUCGAUGUUCAUGACGAUGUUCGGCUGCUCAGUGAUGCCACCGUGGAGAAGGAUGAGUCGCACGCAGGCAAGGUGGUGCUGAGGAGCUGGUACGAGAAGAACAAGCACAUCUUCCCCGCCAGCCGCUGGGAGCCCUAUGACCCUGAGAAGAAGUGGGACAAGUACACGAUCCGGUGAGCAGGGGCACCGUGCGCAGCUGCCACAGAUUCCAGGACGCCGGGCGCCUGGGUGCCCUCGUGAUGUGCUCUUCAGAGGAGUCAGGCCUCUCCCAGCCCCGUGCCCCAUCUGUGGCUGCUUGCUUGUCCCCCAGUGAAGCAACGUCUCAGAGCUGAACACCCGGGCCAGCUUUCAUGGCAAAAGGUCUUUUGUAUUGUGCUUGAAUUCCCCUGGUGUCCUUGAAAUAAACUGAGACACCCCCA